GAUUCUCAACAUUUCUCGUCUCUCUCUCUCUCCCCUCCGUCGCAGAAAAUCUCGUUUCCUUUCCCAAUCCCGACAGUGAUUCCUCACGGUCGCCAUCAUCAACUCCUCCCCCAAAAUCUAACGGCUGGGAUUCUUCGAUUGGACACUGAUCUCUAGGUAAUUCCCGUGUCUUUAGUGGUAGUUCACAACAUUGAUCUUGAGCCUAUGGGCUGCAAAAUUUUGUACAGCAUGAUGAUUUUGGUCUACUAGCUGCAACUGCCACGUUUUUCCAUGAUGGCUGUUGCUGGUGGUUCUUUGCAAUUGUCCCAUGAAUUUGGCAUUCGCAAGCAGUAUGGAGUCUAUGGACACUGCAAUCAGUUGAAGAGAAUUACGGUGAGAAAAGACAGAAUUCAUGCAUCGGGAUUUUACCUUUCCUCGACUGCUUCGCGACAGGAUGCUUGGAGUCGCCAUCUUUCCAACAACAUACACAGGCCUCUACAUUCUGUUUCUUCCAGAUAUAAUGUUUUCAUGUGCCGAUCUUUUUUUAUACCAGGUCAAGCAAACGAGACUCCGAUUCUGAAAGCUGCUACCGUAGCUUUGACGAGGUCAUAUAAGGAUUUUCAUGGAAGUUUGAUCGUACUUCAGUUGGUCCCAGCAGUUGCAAUCAUGGCUUUUGCUGUGUGGGGUCUCGGGCCACUCAUGCGUUGUGGCCGAAACCUGUUCUUCCAUCGCAAUGAUAGUAAUUGGAAAAAGAGCAGCACAUAUUAUGUUUUGACCUCUUACCUGCAACCUUUGCUACUGUGGACUGGAGCAACACUCAUUUGCAGGGUGCUAGAUCCAGUAACUCUACCAUCAGAGGCAAGCCAAGCUGUUAAGCAACGACUUAUGAAUUUUGUAAGAUCAUUAUCAACUGUGAUGGCCUUUGCAUAUUGUCUAUCAAGCUUGAUUCAACAAGCACAGAAAUUUUUUGUGGAGACAAAUGACUCCAAGGAUGCCAGAAAUAUGGGUUUCCAGUUUGCAGGUAAAGCUAUGUACACUGCAGUUUGGGUUGCUGCGUUUUCAUUAUUCAUGGAGUUGUUGGGUUUCUCUACUCAGAAAUGGGUCACUGCUGGAGGUCUUGGAACAGUGUUGCUGACCCUUGCUGGUCGCGAGAUAUUCACAAAUUUCCUCUCAAGCGUAAUGAUCCAUGCAACAAGGCCGUUUAUUGUGAAUGAAUGGAUUCAAACUAAGAUUGAAGGGUAUGAAGUUUCUGGUACUGUCGAGCAUGUAGGAUGGUGGUCACCAACAAUCAUUAGAGGAGAAGAUCGUGAGGCAGUUCACAUUCCAAACCACAAGUUCACAAUGAAUGUUGUGAGGAAUCUCAGUCAAAAGACUCAUUGGCGUAUCAAAACACACCUUGCCAUCAGCCACUUGGAUGUCAAUAAGAUCAAUACUAUCGUGGCAGACAUGCGCAAGGUCUUGGCAAAGAAUCCACAAGUAGAGCAGCAAAAGUUGCACAGAAGAGUAUUUCUGGACAAUAUUAAUCCAGAAAAUCAGGCACUGUUGAUUCUGGUAUCCUGCUUUGUGAAGACGUCCCAUUUUGAGGAGUACCUUUGUGUCAAGGAAGCCAUUUUUCUGGAUCUCCUAAGAGUUAUCAGCCAUCACCGAGCUCGACUUGCCACUCCCAUCCGCACUGUCCAGAAGAUAUAUGGUGAUGCCGAUGUGGAAAAUAUCCCUUUCUCAGAGACCAUUUUUACUCGUGCUGGAUCAGCCACUGACCGCCCGUUUCUGCUGAUUGAGCCCCCCUCUAGAAUCAAUGGCGAUGAUAAAGCAAAAGCCCGUUCCGUGCGUGCUAGUGAAGAACAGGAUGCAAAGGCAGCAGUAGCAUCCAACUCCAAGGUGUCUAGUCCAGCAUCCGACAGCUCAGCCUCAAAUGGUCCUGAUAUUAAGCCAUCCAAGAAAACGAAUUCUGGAGAUGCUCGCACAAAGAGCAGCAAGGUUGAUGCCAUUCCAACAACUGUCACGGCUUCAACCCCAUCGCCGAAGUCACAGCUUGAUGGGCUGGACUCAACGGGACUAAAUUCCAAGGACACUGCACCACAGACUGAUGGUGUUUCUCUGGGUGCCUCGCAUCCAAAUCUCGGAAACGAGAGAUUGCCAGCCACACCGCCUCCAGUAGCCCGGCCCACCUUAGAAGAAAACAUUGUUCUUGGUGUUGCACUAGAGGGUUCGAAGCGGACCCUGCCAAUUGAGGAAGGAAUGGCUCCCUCUCUGACUGCAGCAGAGACGAAGGAACGGGCGGCCUUCCGAAAUACAAAUGGACCUUCACCUGCUGGAAAAGAUAAGAAAGAUGAUCAGGUUCCAGCAGUUCCUGGGGCUGCAGUGGGUGAUCAACGGAACCAAGAAAGGUGAUCAACACAUGUUAUAUCUUGCAUUGUUUGGUGUGUAAUUAUGGUGUUUGGGGUGAAAAUGAAGGACAUGGGGUGUAAAUGUUCGAUUCAAUCAUCAGUUGAUAUAAAUAAUCAGUAAAUGGGUCAUAUUUCUAUUCAAUUAAAGCCUUAGUGAUACAGAUCUGGCUUCAAUUGCAUUUCCUGUAAAACUCGUUGAAAAAAAAAAUAAUAGUGACAAGGUGCAAAUGAUAAUUCCAUGAGAAAUUUUUGUC